AUGGAACUAAAUUAUUCCAAAUUCAAGAAUAAAGGAAAAAAAGUUAAUAUUCUACCCAAAAAUGGGAGAUGUUUCAUAAAUGAAAUAGCAGUGGAAAUUCUUUCAUACAUUUUUUCAAAUCUCGAUCCGAUAAUUUUGAGCAAAGCUUCUCGAGUUUGUAAACACUGGAGACUCGUGAUAAGCGAUGAUAAUUGCUGGAGAAAUGCAUUUUUACGAUUUUUUGGAUGUGCUCCAUUUAGGAGAUUAACUAAAGAUAGUUGGAAAAAUGAAUAUAUUGCUCGAGUUAACUUGCUCAGAAAAUGGAAAAAAGGAAAAGGGUCAUUAAUAAGUUUUGAUACAAAAGUUGGUAAAAUUGAUGAUUUGUAUGUUGAUUUUGAUAAUUCUUGGAUGUUGACAGGAUCAUCAGAUAGAGGAAUAGUUGCAAGGUGUAACCCAAAAACUGGAAAAGUAAAUAAAGAUUUAAUAUCUACAAGUGGAAAUAUUGUUCGUCCAAUUUCUGCCUUGUUAGUUGAUAGAAAUGCUUCAGAAAGAUAUUAUAAAAAGCUUUAUGAUUAUGGAUCUCGUUCAGGAUGUGUAACUUCAUUGGCUCGGGACAGAAAAUAUGACAAUAUAGUAGUUAGUGGUAGUUCAGAUGGUGUGGUAAAGCUAUGGGACACUGAUUUAAAGGAAGACAUUCGCAAUGAGUGUGAGAAAUUAGGAGAAGUAACGAACGUUGUAUUGUAUGAUAAAGAACCCGAAGGAAUUGUUUCAGUAAAAUUUAAAGAUCAAAUUAGUGCUGAAGCAUGCGUACUGAAAAUGAAUGGGCGAUUUUUUGCUGGUCGUCGUGUCGAGGCAGAAAUAUUUGAUGGAAAACAAAAGUAUCAAAAAACUGGUUCGAAAUCCAAUGAAACAGACGAAGAAGAAGCUACCAGACUAGAAAAAUAUGCUAAAUGGUUGGAGGAACAAAAUACUGGCACUGCUAGUGCCAAGACCAAUACCAUCAAUGUGGAUACUAAACAAUCAGCAAUAACCGAGAAAGAUAUCUUAAUCAAUCGACCUCAACAAAGAUCGAAAGAGGAAUUGAGAGCUAAAAAUUGA